AUGCCGAUCUCGUUACUACCCGCCUCGGCUGCGGCCUUUGCGCCCCGAUCAAACGUCAACGUCGUAUUAGCCUCCAAGGUCGAGCCAUGGUUAACACAAACCCUCAAGAGGGUCAACCGCGUCAAGCGUCCGUUGAACAGCGUCCAGCAACACACGAGGUGUCUGACAGAAACCCUUUCCGGACCCAACGCGAUGUGGUCGCUGUGCUCAAUCAUGGUACCAAAGGCCCCGGACUCGGAACUGCGCAAGGACAACAACCCGCUGGUAGAGGCGCUCUUCAACUACCAGCUCAUCCAUAUUGAGGCCUACGUCGUACACGUCGACAUGGUCUCACAACAUGAGGUCGCAUUCAAGCUUACACCGGAGACCAUCGAAGCGCUUAUCGAGUACCACAAGGACAUCUACUCCGUCGAUGUAUCCGCCAGCACCUGGGAAUGGGCCGAGAAGGAGCAACAGCUGAAGAAGCUCCAAGAUGGAUUUGUCCAGGCUGUCAACCGCUACGUCUUCCGAACUGGUGUCAAGGCUCUGGAAGGACUCGAGGAGGAUGGUGCGGGAGAGCUACUCGAGGGACGAGGUGAGGAUGUCAAGAGCGCCAUCAUGGGCCUGUUCCUCCCGCUCCUUCCUCCUCCUCCCAGGAUCGUCGACGUUGUCCGACCAGCACCGCUUCUGCCAAGCUCGCCCGGCUCCGCCAACUGGUGGGUGCCAACACAGCAGUACCAGUCGCACUCAGCCCCGGUUGACACAUGGAGAGUGGUUCCAUCGACGCCCAGCCCGACCAUCGCUACCUGCGGUGAAACUGGACCAACAUUCUGGAGCACCAUGGGCAACAUGGGCUUCGAAGCGAUCCAGCUUCCGUCACCGACACCCUCCUACAGCCAGCCAUACAACUCGACGAGCCCGUACGCACCGUGCACCAGCCCAUAUGCGCCAAGCACCAGCCCCUACACGUCAAGUUCGUACUACAGCCCGCCCCCAGCGUCGGCACCGAUACCAGCCCUUCCUCUGCCGAGCGUGCUAGCCCAGCAGUGCGGGUCAAGCGCCGUUCAUGGAGGUUUCGGCGGUUUCGGAUGGGACACAGGAUUCGCACCACAGUACGCAGCAUUCACAUAA